AUGAAGCUUUUGGUUGAACGCCAUAAAAAGAAAACAAGAGCAGAAGAAUCAGCUAGUGGUAUUUCUCCAGAAGAGUCAGAGAUUGAUGAAACCCUCGAUACAAUAAUUGAGUUGAUUGAUGAUGCAGAACAACAUUUUGAGAAGGAUUCUUACGAAAAACAGCAAAAGAUAGAGAAUAACCGAAAGCAAGCAGAAGAGCUCAGAGUUAAGGCAAUGGAAAGUUAUUUAGAGAGUCGAAAAAGACAACUUGAAAGUGGGGAAAGUGAACCUAAGCCAAGGAGGGAAACAAGCCACAGGAGGAAAAACAUUGGUAUAUUUACAAAAAAAAAUCUGAAAAGGAAUUUGAGCUACGAAAGGCUGAACUGGAAAUUAAAAAAAAGAGGUAGAAAAAAAAAGGGAAGUGGAGAUGACAUUGCAGAAACAGCAGCAACAACAGUUCAUGGAUUUUGA